AUGCUUCCUCGAUUACUACCCUCGGGUGCUCAAGAUAGGAAAAGAAAGGAAAGGCAAGAAGAAAUUGCUCAAUCGAGUAAUAAUGAAACACUUGAUAUAGAGCUACAAGAUUUUAUAAAAAAGGAUAUUGAUCAUUGGAAAGAAGUUUUGGUUAGAAUAAUUGCUGUUAUUAAAUGUCUAGCAAAGAAUAAUAUAGCUUUUCGUGGGAAAAAUGAAAAAUCUUUUGAAGAAUCUAAUGGUAACUUCUUAGGCUUAAUUGAAAUGAUUGCUGAGUUUGAUCCGGUUAUGAAACAACACUUUCAGCGUAUCAAAGAAAAAAGAACUCAUCAUCAUUGUCUUAGCCACAAAAUUCAAAAUGAAUUGAUUGACAUGUUGGCAUCUAAUGUUAAGAGUGCAAUCAUUAAAAAGAUCAAAGAGGCAAAAUAUUUUUCAGUUAUUCUUGAUUGUACUCCGGAUGCAAGUCAUCAAGAACAAAUGACUUUGAUUAUAAGAUGUGUUGACGUGUCCAACUCUCCUAUACAAGUAGAAGAGUUCUUUUUAGAGUUUUUGGUGGUAGAAGAUACAUCUGGUUUAGAACUUUUUAAUGUAUUACAAGAUGUUUUGAAAUCACUUGAUUUGGAUAUCAAUUAUGUUCGGGGACAAGGGUAUGACAAUGGCUCUAAUAUGAAAGGGAAACAUCAAGGUAUGCAAAAAAGAUUACUUGAUAUAAAUCCUAGAGCCUUUUAUAUGCCAUGUGGUUGUCAUAGUCUUAAUUUAGUUUUAUGUGAUAUGGCAAAUUCUUGUCACAAAGCAAAAACCUUUUUUGGUACUUGUCAAGCCAUAUACAAUGUCUUUUCUAAUUCUACAAAAAGAUGGACUGUUUUAUUAGAAUACAUUGAUGAUUUGACUUUGAAAUCUUUAUCUGCCACCCGAUGGGAAAGUCAUAUUGAAAGUGUUAAAGCUAUCAAAACUCAAGUUGGCCAAAUUAGAGAUGCUUUAAUACAAUUGGCUCAAGUAAGUGAGGAUGGAAGAGUGUGUAGGGAAGCCGAGUCUUUGGUUAAUGGUGAGCUUUCAAGUUUUGAGUUUAUUGUAAGUUUGGUUAUUUGGCAUGAAAUUCUAUAUAGAAUUAAUUUAGUUAGCAAGAAGUUACAGUCUAAAGAUAUGCUUCUUGAUAUUGCAAUACAAAAUCUAAAAGGAUUAGUUGAAUAUUUUGAGAAAUAUAGGGAAAAUGGGUUUACACGUGCAAUUCGUGAAGCUAAAGAGAUUGCAAGUAAUAUUGGAGUUGAACCUGAGUUUGCUGUAAAACGUUUUUUCUCAAGGAAAAAACAAUCUGAUGAAAUUCCAAAUACGGAGAAAGAACAACAAUCCGCUCAAGAGACAUUUAGAACUGAUUAUUUUCUUGUUUUAGUUGAUAUGGCUCUUUUGCAGUUACGAACCAGAUUUGAACAAAUGCAAGAAUUUGAAUCUAUGUUUGGUUUCUUGUUUGAUGGGCGAAGUUUGGUUACUUUAAAUAAUGACGAGUUAAAAAAAUGUUGUUUGAACCUUGAACUUGCUUUAACAAAUGGUAAUGAUUCUGAUAUUGAUGGCAAAUAUUUAUUUAUGGAUUUACAAGCUUUGCAGGUAAUGCUACCAAAAGAAGCAUCUAAGAGUGGAAAUCCUUGGACAUCCAUACAGAUUAUGGAAUUCGCAAAGAAAAUGGACGUGUUUCCACAUGUCUUGCUUGCUUACAGGAUACUAUUGACCGUACCGGUCACCGUAGCAUCUGCAGAAAGAAGCUUUUCAAAGUUAAAGGUGUUGAAGUCAUAUCUACGGUCCACCAUGAGUCGAGAAAAAUUGAACGAGUUAGCAAUCUUGAGUCUUGAGAAUAAGUUUUUAGCUAAUAUUAGUUAUGAUGAAGUGAUAGAUAUUUUUGCUUCAAAAAACACAAGUAGGCAUCAUGUUAGGUGA